AUGACAUUCGAGAGUCUUCAUCGGUCACUCUUGCAGAGAAUACAAAGUCUCGAUUUCCCGACCCAAGAUCAGUUGGAGAACCUCAAAUAUUACAAAUACGCUGCCGUCGACAAAUCUCCCGUUAGUCAACAUGUGCUUCGUCAUUACUGGAAUUGGGCCAUUACCUUGUUUCCACUAUGGAUUGCACCCAACCUGAUUACCUUGAUUGGCUUGUUGUUCAUGGUGACCAAUGUCAUUUUUGUCGCCCUCAUUGUACCCGAUUUGGAAUCCGAAGGCCCCAGUUGGUUGUAUUUCAGCUUCGCCAUAGGAUUAUGGCUGUAUUCGACGUUUGAUAAUGUGGAUGGACGUCAAGCGCGACGGACACAUACCUCGUCCCCGCUGGGUGAACUGUUUGAUCACGGCUGCGAUGCUCUGAACACCACUUAUGUUUCUCUUUUGCAAGCCGCAGCACUGGGGCUCGGCCAUACUCAGUUGACGGCGGUGCUGUUUGUGGUUACCAUGGCCGGGUUCUACCUAUCGACAGCCGAAGAAUAUUACACGGGCGUGCUGUAUCUAGGCUAUAUCAAUGGUCCUACUGAAGGCAUCAUCUUUACAUGUUUGGCGUUUAUCUGGUCCGGUUGCUACGGCGUCGCAUCUUGGCACGUCCCCAUCCAAGAUGUCCCGAGUUUGUCAUGGUUGAGUUGGAUGGUGCCAGAAAAUACCACAGCGGCCGCCAUUUUUGUAUGGGGCACGGCCUUGCUUCUCGUAUUUACUCAUUUGCCUGUGGUGUUGUAUUCCGUCUAUUUGGCAUGUCGCGCGAAAUCGCUGGAUAUUGCUGAGGCCGGUCUCAAUGCAUUGGUGCCUUUUGCCGUGUUCUGUUUGGCCGACUAUGCGUGGUUAAUGUCGCCUUAUUCGAUUGUGUUUCGUGACCAACAUUUGGUACUGUUUCUGCUGACCACGGGCACAUUGUUUGGAUUGAUUGCUUCCAAUGUGAUUUUGGCUCAUCUCACCAAAUCGGCGUAUCCGAACCUUUGGUGGUUGGUCGCACCGAUCGUGAUCAUGUGUUUGCUUGUCAAUAUGCCUUCUAUUCUUGGAAUAACCCUGUUGACAUCGGGCAUGGAAUACGGUAUAUUGUGCGUUUUAUGCGUCGUCUUUUUCACGUGGUACGGUGUAUGGUCAUGGGCGGUCAUUGAUGGAUUUUGUCGUUAUCUCGGUAUUCGCUGUCUUGUCAUUCAUCGAGACAAUCGAUCCAACGACGUCAGUGCAUCCACAUCAUCAGGUAAAUGA